CCACUUAGGCCUUAGCCUAAUACAACAACACAAAUAAAAUUCUUGGUCCUUUCUCAUCCCUUCACCCUUUAUCUUCAAUAAAAAAACCAAUUUUUAUUUUAAAGAAUCAGUUUUUAUUGGUUAAAAAGGUUAAGGGUAAGGAAAAAAGGGCCAAAGAUUUGAUUUUUGUGAGUUCUUGUGCUGCUAAUUUGCUCUAUUAAUGGCUUGUAGUGUUGCAGACUCUGGUUUCCUAUUCUUGGUUCCUAAGAGAAGACCAAUUCAUAGUACUAGAAUUAACCAACUUGCUUCUUCAGGUGCUCAAUUGGAACAAGCCAUAGCUCGUUUAAGGGGUUGUCAAGGAUCAUAUUGUUUAAAGUGGGAAAGUCUACCUAAGAUAGGCUCGAAACAGAAAGGCGGCUUAAUUUCCUCAAGAAAGACAAAUGUCAUACAAGCUGUUGCAGUUCCGAUAGCACCUUCUCCAUUAGACAGUGCAGAGGAUAGGAAAUGGUUAAGUGAAAAAUAUGGUUUUAGACAAAUUGGAGAACCACUACCUGAUAACGUUACAAUGAGAGAUAUUACUGAGACACUCCCAAAGAAGGUAUUCGAGAUUGACGACGGAAAGGCAUUGAAGUCAGUUUUGAUAUCAGUAACUUCAUACACUCUGGGGCUCUUCAUGAUUGCCAAAGCUCCAUGGUAUCUACUUCCGCUGGCCUGGGCUUGGACCGGAACGGCAGUUACAGGGUUCUUUGUAAUAGGACAUGAUUGCGCUCACAAAUCCUUCUCAAAGAACAAAUUAUUGGAAGAUAUUGUUGGAACUCUGGCCUUUUUGCCAUUGGUAUAUCCCUAUGAGCCAUGGCGGUUCAAGCAUGAUCGGCAUCACGCGAAAACAAAUAUGUUGCACGAAGACACAGCUUGGCAGCCUGUUUGGAAGGAGGAGUUCGAUUCAGUCCCUGCUCUAAGGAAGGCAAUUGUAUAUGGUUACGGCCCCUUUCGACCUUGGAUGUCUAUAGCUCAUUGGUGGCUUUGUCAUUUCAAUUUGAAGAAGUUCAGACCAAAUGAAAUUAACAGGGUGAAAAUAAGUUUGGGUUGCGUCUUUGCUUUUAUGGCAAUUGGCUGGCCGUUGAUAAUCUGGAAAACAGGGAUUAUUGGAUGGGUCAAGUUCUGGUUAAUGCCAUGGUUGGGUUAUCAUUUUUGGAUGAGUACUUUUACAAUGGUUCAUCAUACAGCACCUCACAUACCCUUCAAAGAUUCUGAUGAGUGGAAUGCUGCUCAGGCCCAGCUGAAUGGCACAGUUCACUGUGACUAUCCUAGUUGGAUUGAGGUUCUUUGUCAUGAUAUCAAUGUUCAUAUUCCCCACCACAUAUCCCCCAGAAUACCAAGUUAUAAUCUUCGGGCAGCUCAUCAAUCUCUCCAACAGAAUUGGGGAAGGUACCUGAAUGAGGCUACAUGGAACUGGCGUCUAAUGAAGACAAUAUUGACAAUAUGUCACGUCUAUGAUAAGGAGCAGAACUACGUUCCCUUUGACGAAGUCGCCCCUGAAGAAGCCCAGCCAAUCACAUUCCUUAAAAAAGUAAUGCCCGACUAUGCUUGAUUAGCGGGCACCUCAAAAGGUCGAUUUGCACUUGCUUCAUUCUUUGGGAAGGUAUCGUUCCAUUUUUUGGGUCCGGUCAAGCGGUCCAGGCCCAAAUGCCAAGUUCUCACAAAUAUUAGAUGACCUUUUUUGACACUUCUUGGUAGUAUAAGUGUAGUAGUAUACAAUAAUUUAAGUUUCUCAAUUAUUAUCGCAUUUUGUCUUCUUUUUUUGAUUAAGUACCCAUGAAUAACAUGUUGCUUAUUUAAUACUAAAGUUUCAUUAUAUUCUUCUUUAUGAGAUAGAUUCAAUAUAAUCUGCCAAGACUGAUGUUAUGUCAGUA